UCGGUGAGCUGCUCGGGCCGCAAGCUGCGACGCGCGCGCGAAGCCGGCCAAAGCUCUGCAGCGCUCCGUGUCGCGCCACAGUCCCGUCCGCGUGCGAGCCGCCCAUGGCCGCCCGCCAGUCGGCCAGCCGUUGCCGCUGAGCAGCGCGGCCGUCGCCCGAGCCCGAGCGAGCCGUCCGACGAGCUGUCGCCCAGGUAUGCAGUGGUGGUGCGUCCAACUCACAACUAGUAUUCCUUGCUCGCGUUCAUUGCCGACGACUAUGCUUAUACGCAGCAAACCCUAAGUUUAUCUCAGAUUCGCAGUUGGACUCUUUACAUGAAUUUCGAUUGACUAUGUGUCUGUGAUAAAGCCUGAUUAGUGAAUAACAAGACGAUAUACAUGGCCAUCGACCCCGACUGUAAUGGGGCUUUUGAAUGACAGUAUGUUCAAGUACGUUGAAUCGAUCGUCGACAAACUCUUUAGGUGCAUCGCCUUCCAUAGUUACGUGCAGUCAGUCAUGUUUGCUUGGAGCUGUACUCACGGGCAACUCGUCAAUCACGAAAAAUCCAAAUCGAUAGCUUAGAAGACGACGAAAGCUCUUGGCCGGAGGCACGACACAAAGUACCGAUUCCACACCAAGUUCGAGGCUUGUAACUGACGCGUUAGCAUGCGCUAGCGGCAAUGCUGCACCGGAGCACGUCAUCGCGGCGCCGACGGGCGUCGCGCAGCGUUACUGGCCCGUCGCAGACCUCGGCGUCGACCUCGGCUCAGCAGCAGCAGCUGCAGCAGCCAGCAGCUCGCAGCAGGAGGGCAUCCCUCGCUUCGAGCGAACCCGCGGCCGAGGCUCCCAGACUCGGCAUCGACCGCCAAAGAUCGCCGCGCGGCAGCUGCGUUCCCAACAUCGCCCUUGACUCCGAGGACCACACUCCCGACGAGAUGUUCAGCCGCAGGCUGCUGCCCGACCCGGAGCAGUUCAGCGCCUCGCGCCUGAGCCUGGCGCCCGACGCGACGAGGAGCUCGCGCAACUCGCUGCUGCCGGACGAGUGGACGCAGGGCGCGCGCAGCCCGCGCGGCUCGCUGGUGCCGCAGGCGACGCCGCGCAGCCCGCGGCACUCGCUGGUGCCGGAGCCGCAGUCGCUGAGCCCGCGCAACUCGCUGGUGCCGCUGGACGGCGCCUACGGGCGCGGCCCGCGCACCGCCCUGCUGCCCGAGGCCGGGCGCAGCCCGCGGCACUCGCUGGUGCCCGAGAGCGCCGCCGCGCCCAGGAGUCCGCGCGGCAGCCUCGCCAACAUCGACUUCGCCGAGCGCAGCCCCCGGGGCUCCGUUUGCCCGGAGCUGGCCGCCGCCGCCGCGGCCACCGCCGCCUGUCGCUCGCCGCGGGGCAGCGUCUCGCCCAUGGACCUGAAGGAACGCAGCCCGCGCGGCUCCAUCGCCUCGGAGUGCGCGAGCCAGAGCCCGCGCGGCUCGGUCUGCCCGGAGCCGGGCGGCCGUUCGCCGCGCGGCUCCGUGGCCCCGUACGAGGCGCUGGCCGGCCGGUCGCCGCGCGGCAGCGUCGCCGGCCACCGCGGCUCGCUGGGCGGCGUCGAGGACGAGCCGCCCGCGGCGCCCGCGGCGCGCAGCCCGCGCGGCAGCAUCGGCGCCGAGCUGGAGCGCAGCCCGCGCGGCAGCCUGUGCCUCGGCCAGGAGUCGGCCAGGCGGCCGUGGCCGGGCCAGCAGGUCUACGCGCCGGCGCAGCAGGAGCCCAGGAGGCACUCCCAGGACCACGGCGCGGCCAAGAGCAGGACCAGCAGCGGCAGCAGCGGCGCGCCGGCGGCGGCCAGCGGCCGAGGCGGCGCGGGCGCCGCCCAGGCGGGCCUCGCCUACGGCUGGCCGGAGUCCAGGCGGCCGAGCAGCUCGGUCUCGCAGGUUUCAGGCGACGAGUCGCGGCGGCUGUGCGAGGGCGCGCCAUAUUUAUGCAAAAAUGUCGGCGGCCUGCAGCAGGGCCCGGGCGCGGCGAGCGGGCCGGCCGGCCCGGUGGGCGUCGCCGCCUACGGCUCGCUGGUCUUCCAGCUGAAGGACGCGCACCUCGAGGCCAGCGGCAGCUGCGACUUCGCGCUGCGCGCCCUGCGGGUCGUCGGCAAGACCACGCCCGUCACCGUCUUCCUCGCGCUCCUCUCCGCCAUGCCCAUCGUCAUGCUCAUCCUCGGUGUGCAGUUCGUCAGGGACUGCCCGCGGGAGCCGCACAUCCCGGUCUACAUGCUGGUGGGCGGCAGCCUCGGCAGCAUCCGCAUGUUCUGGACGCUGUACUCGCAGAUACGCUCGAGGCGGCCGGAGGUGCUGACGGUGCCGGGCUCCAGGUCGCAGCUGUCGCCCACGGGGCUCGCAUCGAUCGCCCUCUCCUGCUUCCUCGUCGGCUGGUUCGCCCUCGGGAACUACUGGAUACUGAGCAUACGGUGGCCCGACUACGCGCCGACGCUGUUCGAGCCCAAUCGCUGGUGUCACAAGACCCUCUACGUGUUCUCGCUGCUGCACCUCGCCGUCGUCUACCUGGUCAUGCUGGUCAGCCUGCUGAUCGGCCUGGGCCUGCUGUUCUGCAGGAUUUUAGCCUGCCCCUGGCCAGAAAGGUACAAAUAACCAAGACAUUCGACGCGCACGAGGAAGGAGCAGCCGCGAGAGGACGGAGGCGGAGGCAGCAGCUUGCUCCGACACGGGCCGCUGCUGGAGGAGCUGGCCGAGGAGCCGGAGCGCGAGGAGCGCGAGGCGAUGCCCGAGUGCAGGCUCGCGCUGGUUCCCCGGCCGGCCACCACCACCGACGUCGAGUCCAAGUACUCCAGUAAGGUGCAGUUCCGCGCGCCCGACAUCAUCCAACUCUGAACGAUCGGCAGAGUUGGCACACGCCACAGCCCUUCGUCUCGCCACUUGCCGAGCUGCGCGUCACGCUGCUACGGGUAAACACCAACGAAGCUGCACACUUCCGCGUUCGCCGUUCCUCGCCCGGUCCUGGCUGCGCGAGUCUCUGGCCCGAGACCUCUCAUCCCGCCUCCCAGCUGCUUCGUGUUCUCGUCCAUCCAGCGGACGUAACUGUUCCUCCGAGCGUCCGCGAGUCGCGAGCGCGAUGCGUUCAACCGUCUUCUUCUUCGCACAGCUUUGCACAGUUCGCGGCUAUUAUGGGUCGCUAAUUUGGCGUCUCUUGUCUCGCUCAUCGAUUGGUUUGCCGUCAGCGGGCUGUCGAGCUGUCUGCCUUGUUGCUCUCUUCGCGCCUCGAUCGAUCCCAUUUAUUUCCAGAGCCAAUUAACGCACAAGCCGGCAGCCGGGUGCGACCUGGCGAUUAUUCAAGGUCGACGGAUCAAUGCGUCUGAACGCUUUCAAACGGGCCACUCAGUUCGGUCGCUCGCUGCGAGGCCCGACAUCUUUUUCCAGCUUUCCACGAGUCCCGCGAUUGGUCGAUCGAGCAAACGCUCGUAAUGACAUGCAAGCACGCCAAGAGCCGCCGUCAAUCGACUUGCAGUUUUGCUAGGCACAAGAGUAUAGUCUUGGCUAUAUCAGACAACUUCGUAGGUCGCCUUGGGCGAUAAGCCUUUCGCGAGCUGCAUCGUCGCGCCUACACCAGAGGUAGAUCACCACUGUCGGCUGUAGUUAUUUGCCGAGCUUCGGGUAAGCAGAGCGACGGCGAAGCGAUCCGAGGUAGGGCCAUGUACGUUUAGCGCGUUUUCGCGAGAAAAGUGUCAAUUACUCUGUACGACGUAUUGGUCGUCAGCGUUACAUCGAUCAAGUCCAGUUCCAUAACGAUGGCUCGUAUAGAUACGCGAAAUGUAUAUCGCGAGAUGUUUAUUAGAAGUUCGCGUUUCGUUCGUUUGGGAGUUCGUUUUGGAACAAUGCACGAAAGCGUGAAAUGUCGGCGCGGCGGGUGCGUUGAUUCGAACGACAAGACGGCGAAGGAUGUAUGGCGAGGCGUUUGGGCUUCUCUCCUUCUUAUCCAACAAAGGCUUUCGGAAGCCCGCGUCGUCGCCUGCCCCGCUCCCGGCAGUCCAAUUUUCAUAGUGUUUCUGUUGCGAGCGCGAGGCGCUGGCGAGCUGCAGGCGUCGAGCGCCGCCAUCAGCCCAGAGACGACGGCCGUUCAGUUCUGGAUCCGACGAGGCAUCGGUGCAUUGGCAGCCGCCUCGUCGAGCAAACAAAGGUGCCGCGAAGAAGCGACAAACAAGCGGGGCGUUAUCGAUCCUCGCGGGCGUCCAACUGGGCUUGGGCUGCCGAGUGUCCAGCGGAGAAUGAUCGGCGCGAUCGGCGCGCUGCGUUCGAGGAGGCCGCGGGAUCGAUGCAGCGAGCGGACGCGCGCGUCGCGGCAAGCUUUCGCGGACACUCCGCGGUUUGCCCCCCCCCCCUCUCUUGUUGCCGAGGUGCGGCCGCGCCAGUGCCACAGCUUCCACGUGACCUAUUAGCUCGUAACGACGCGACCGAAGGCAUCGGUGCGUAGCGCUGCACGUAUCAAGGGAAGACAAGCCUCGCCCUCGCUAGUUCUCCGCAAGCUGACUUGCGUUAUUCGGCGAAUUCGUACCGACGCGCCUCGCUAACCUCCAGAUCGUAGAUCCAUUCUCCUUGCGUCUGCCGUAGCGCUCCUCCAGUCGGUUUCACGACUGGAGAACAAUGAAUAUCCACAAUUCAGGACGCGUUUGCUCGUUCUAAUUUGCAAUAUCGAUUCUGCAAUCCAGAUGCAGACGAGUUUCUAAAUUACAGACGGCCGCGCGCGCGUAUCGAUUGGUUGUUAGACUCGCAGCACUUGAAACUCUCUGUCCGUCCCUCUGCACCACCGCCAUACGUUCUGAUGUAGCUACGAGUAGCAGUCCACUAGCUGCUGUCUUCUUGCCGUGUGCUACCUCCACGGAGACCCAUUUAAUCGGCAAGUGCUGCAUACUCAGCCCAUCUCUUACUUCUUCUGACAUUUUCCUGUCUACACAAGUCCUAUAUUUACGCUGCUCAGCUUUCAUUGGUCUUGAUUGAGCAUUCGCGCGAAAAUCAUCUCCUGAAAAUAUAUCCUUUUAAAUAACCAAGUACGUUACGUAUAGCAGAUAACGAAUAGUCUGUGUAGAGAAAAUAUGGUACAUUAAGUGCGCCGUAGCUCCAUCCAACCACUCAAAGCUUUUAUAUAAUAUAUCCGUUUAAAACCGAGCGACCAUUUCACAUUCUAUUUCAUUCCAUUCCAUUUCGCAUUCGGAUUAACGAAUGAAUAUAUUUCUUCAAUGUUAACUGCAUUCCGAUGAUCUUAUCUCUAUUUCGAUGCAUUUUAACCUAUGGCACACGCUUUAUAUCAAAAUACAACUGUGUUUUCGACACAUUGGUUCUUUGAUUAACGAUCCAAUUCGUUUCUUUGUUCUAGUAGUUUGUCUUAUAAGUCUGAUAACUUGUAAUAUAUAUCUUGCGAUGUAAGAUUUUGUCUAUGGUGUAACUGAAUCGACGUUUAUAUUCCCUUGAUAGGCAGCUGGUCGUUAGAAGUAGUAAACAAUAUAGGCUUAGUUGAAUAAUGAAUGGAGGUAUAGAGUGCUAAUGGUUGUGAUAAAUAAAAAAAAAAGCUAAUCGUUAUUUUUUAUGUCCUAUACCGUGUGAACAACUCGCGAGUGCGCGUAGAUUCUACAAUAUUGCUUACGUUUGAUAAUGCGUGUAGAAUAGCAAAACGUUUCGAGUUCGUUCGUUGCUUUAGUCGAAGCCGAUUUAUUUGUGCGAGAAUUCGCGAGCAAUGCCAAGAGAAAUGGAAGCAAGUGCAAGACGAGAAGUUUGCAGGGGAUGCUGGUGAGAUGAUGUGCCGCAUUGGUCGUUGGUCUAUUUUGAGGACACGGAUAGAUUUUAAAGACUGUUAUGAAUUCGUUCAAUUGAAAAACUUAUUUUCUUAGAAAAGUAUCUUUCUAUUUGCACAAGCAUCAAAAGUUUUUAUACGUGAAAACCAGUAUAUAGCUAGGCACGUUAUGUUGUUGGAAGAAAUUUUUGAAGAAAACUGUAUAUAACGGCAGCGUACAUUGUGAUUGUUCAUAAACAUUGUGGUCCAGAUUUUUAAAAAUUUAGAGAUUAAGUGAACAAGUAUACAAGUAAUAAGACGUAAUAAGACGUAAUAAGACGUAAUAAGACGUAGCUUGAAAAUUCAAGAAUUGAAGAUCGAACACCAUAUUUUUCGCGGUUAAUUUAACGCCAAAUCCUCGAUAAGAAGGAUAGUAAGCGACGUAGCGCGGCGCUACUCGCCGAGAAAUUAUCGGACGAAUAUUUUUUACUUGGACUAUAGCGGUUAUCACGGGUACCAAACAAACCAACACUUUUUUCAAACGAAGCUGGCAAGGCCAUAAGAGCGCACACAGACACGAACUAUUGGCUGCAUAAUGUACUCGAUUGUUUUUCGCCACUGCUGGAAUCUAAUUAUAGCUCUGAUUCGGCCAGUAAUGUACAUUAUCGAUGGACGGAUGGCGCGAUAAGCAGCUGUUUGCGAGCGAAAACGAGGUUGCAAUUAAUUGAUAGUGCCAACGCGCCUGGCCCUGCAACAGCCAUACUCUCAUCGUUUACUUCCGUGCUCGUUUCAGCACAAAUAAUGUCUAUCGUUUCUGCCUCGAGUACAAUAGCGUGCGUCAAUAUCGACAACUGCGAGCGCCUUUUUUACGAACUGCAACGGAUUCGUCACUCUGUGUACAUUAGGAAUUCUAAUAAUUGCAAAUAGGAUACGAGCCUAGUGCAUAGCAUGUGUCGUGUAUAAUUCAAUGUCAGCGUAGUCACCAUUGUAGACGCACUUUUAAUUUUAUAACAGCACUCUCAUGGGUCCAAACGUUCAGCUCGACUCCUAAUCGCGCGCGCACACGCAAUUGAUUAGGUAAGGCUCGGGGCAAGCUACACAUUUUUUACUGGGAUAUCCAUCGAAAUUGCCGGCGAACAGAGCACUUGUCUACUACGGUCUACAUCCCGUACCGCUCUCUAUGGCAAAUUUAUAUACAGAUAUCAAAUACAGUUAGUCGACAGUCAACUGCAAAUCACGGAGUUGACGCCACGAGAUGUUCCCAUUUAUACCAAACUUUCGGCUUACGAUUCUUCCUUUUACAUAUUCUAUUAACAACCAAUGUCUAACACUUAUCGCAUAAGUUCACUCACGACGGCUUUGCCGAUAAGCUAUCUUUUUUACAUCAACAAAAAGUAGUCGUUGCAUGUAUCAACGUACACAGGUACAGGUUGUUUCUUCCAUUUCAACAUUAUUAUCAAUUUAUCCCACAGUAGUCGGCGUGCGGUAUUGAUCUAAGGCUUGACAACGUUACGAUUACGUAGAUUAAGCGAGAGUGCCGAACUGCCGAGUGACCGACCGAGCAGAUUGUGUGUGUGUGCGUGUGUGUGUGCGUGUGCGUGCGUGCGAACUUAUAUUUAUUGUACGCAGUCCAGAUCGGCGUAUGCAAAGUUGCAUAUGACAACUAUAUUUAUUAUGUAAAUACACGUGUAAUAGUCCCCUUACCACGGGAACCAUAUCAAUCAAUGUUAACAAGUUAUAUGAUGA